AGCUCUAAAGAAAAAAAAAAGAAGAAAAAGAAAAAGAUAAUUUGAAAUUUGUAUAAGAAACCUGAAAGUGUGUAGAGUAUAUGGUGAGGAUACUUGGGCCAAAUCUGCAGAACAGGUGUGCUCUUCAGAUCUAAUGAGUUAUCCUGUGCUACAGAGAUGGUCUGGCUAGCUGGUUGCUGACUGGAACAUGGACCCAACAGUACCCUACAGUUAAUAAAGCUGAGAAAUUAGAAAUUGCCUGGCUUGACAGGGGAGCAGAUAAUGAAAACACCCUGAACUAUGGUCCUCAAAAGUAAUCAGCCACUGCCCCUUCAUUACUCAGUCCUUUGUUCUUGUUAAUCACGGCUUUCUAUUUGAGCCCUCCUGGUUCCAACAGCUGGGUGGCUCCUCCUGGUUGGACCCAGGCUGCACUCGGCAACCAGCACUGCUUUCUUCCCUGGAGACUAUGAGGCCCAGGGAGGAGGAUGCCACAGUCACAGAGCCUCAGUGCCCUGGAGGGAGAUGAGCCAGGGCAGCUGAGGCCUUAACAGGCCUCUCCCACGGCCCUGGGCUGGGGUGGGCUUGGCCUUGCCUGGCUCCUGGCUAUCUUCCCCACUCUAGCUCUUGCUUAUUCCAUUAGCACUCACCAUUUCCUCCCCACUGUUUUCCUCCAUCUGUUCCCACGGGCUCCAUUACUCAAACUUGGAGGGAGGAAAUCAGGGUUGGACAGAUAACAGACUCCGGCUCUGGUACACUGGGUUCCUGUUAUAUCUGUACAGUCCUCCAAACCAGGUAGGCUUGCAAGGGCUUGGGGUUGGGGAGCAGGCUUCAUCCCCCUGUACGUCCCCGGAGAUCUGAGAAGGCCCCAGCUGCUGGCCUCCCCAGCUGCUGGCACAGCUUCAACAGCAGAGGCCCUAGGGCAGGGAUGUAAACACAGGCAGAAACCCUCCUGCCCCAGGGGUGGGGCGUAAAGCCCACGGCAUCACGGGGCGGGGCGCCUCCCGUCUGGAUGGAGGUGGUAGGCUAGUAGUGCACAAGUUGGAGUCGGUGCACACCCCUAGCUGGGGGUUCUCAUGCACCUCACUUGACCAUCUUGUAUUGCUCUCCUUGCUCACCCCCUCUCCCUAGUCCGUCCUUUCUUCCCUGGGUCCUCCGGGGCUCCUGGACUCUUCUCUGGUUAGUUAGGCUCUGUUCUGACCCCUGCCACCUGUCUUUCUCUCUCCUGCCUUACCCUUUCUCUGUUCGGCUAGUUGCCUGCCAAGGUCUCUCAGGGUUUCUCUACUGGACGUCCCUCCACCCCCUCGCGGCCCCUGCAAACAUCCCCUCCCCCAACCACGCACGCAGCAGUCACGACGCCUCCUGGCGGUGGCCUCGAACCAGCCCCUUGGCUUCUCUUCUCUUUCCUCUUUGGGACCUAGACUGUCCCUGGAUCACUCUAACCACCUGGCUUGGAUCUCCCCUUCCCUGGAAUUCUCCCCUAGGCCAUCGCAGAAUCCGGGUCCGCAGCACUGGCCAUACCUACAUCUUUCCCGAGGUCUCACUGGAAAGCCAGCCCUAACUCGCCAGGGCGCGCGUCUCCCGGUCUCCCCUUCCCGGCCCCGCCCCGACUCCUCCCAGCCCCUGGGGCCCUCCCGCCUCCUCCCCCUCCUGUCCGCCCCUCCAGACUCCAGCGCAGGCUGGGCCGGCAGCUUGAGGACGCACAGCUGCGAGCAGGGAGUUCGGGCAAGGCUUGACCCGAGGACUCCCCUAGAACUGGCGGAAGCCGAACCCAGAGCCCCACUGGUGGCCUUUUCCCUGGGCCGGGUCAUGCGUUGCCGCAAGUGCCAGCUCUGCCUGUCAGCACUGCUCACACUCCUGGGCCUCAAAGUAUACAUCGAGUGGACAUCCGAGUCCUGGCUUAACAAGGCUGAACCCCGGGGUACCCUGCUCAGUCCCACACCACCCAGCACUGAGCCCACUCUGCCCAUCAACCUCUCAGCACGCCUGGGUCAGACUGGCCCACUGUCCUUUGCUUACUGGAACCAGCAGCAGCGGCAUCUGAGAGUCCUGCCCAGUACAGACUGCCAGACUUGGGGGACUAUUGCUGCCUCGGAGAUCUUGGACUUCUUUAUGUACCCCCAGGACCUUCAGCGCUUCUUGCUAUCAGCAGCCUGUAGGAGCUUCCCACUAUGGCUGCCUGCAGGGGGAGGCAACCCAGUGGCCAGCUGCUCUAAUAAGGAUGUCCCCUACCUGCUCCUGGCUGUCAAGUCAGAACCAGGACACUUUGCAGCACGCCAGGCUGUGAGAGAGACCUGGGGCAGUGCAGUCGCUGGGACCCGGUUGCUCUUCCUGCUGGGGUCCCCAUUAGGAAUGGGGGGUCCUGACCUAAGAUCACUGGUGACAUGGGAGAGCCAGCACUAUGGUGACCUGCUGCUCUGGGACUUCCUGGAUGUUCCCUACAACCGGACACUCAAAGACCUGCUGCUGCUGACCUGGCUGAGCCACCACUGCCCCGACGUGAGUUUUGUCCUGCAGGUGCAGGAUGAUGCCUUUGUGCAUAUCCCUGCCCUGCUGGAGCACCUACAAGCACUGCCACCCACCUGGGCCCACAGCCUCUACCUGGGGGAGGUCUUCACGCAGGCCAAGCCGCUCCGCAAGCCUGGAGGACCCUUCUAUGUGCCGAAGACCUUCUUUGAAGGUGACUACCCAGCCUACGCAAGUGGAGGUGGCUAUGUCAUCUCAGGACGCCUGGCGCCCUGGCUGCUGCAGGCAGCAACCCGUGUGGUACCUUUCCCCUUUGAUGACGUCUACACUGGCUUCUGCUUCCGUGCCCUGGGCUUAGUGCCCCGUGCCCAUCCAGGGUUCCUCACAGCCUGGCCAGCAGACCGCACCAGGGACCCCUGCAAAAUACGAGGCCUGCUGUUGGUGCAUCCAGUCAGCCCGCAGGACACCAUUAGGCUCUGGAAACACCUGUGGGGCCCAGAGCUCCAGUGCUGAGCCUGAGACAAGCUAGGUGGGGGUGCUGAGCCAUCUUGUGCCCCUGCUCAACCCUCCCUAGUCAGGAACUGGGUAGCAGACAAGGUGGUGGACUGUGCCCAUUCUUUCUCAUUUUGAAAACUAUGUUCUCCCUACUCUGA